AUGCAAUCGGAUCCAUCUUCGCUUGGCGCGGAUCCUACCCAUGCACCGCUCACUUCAAUGCCCGUGAAGCCAAGCGCUGGACAGAAGCCGCUGUUGCGAUCCUCCGAGAAGGCGGUCAAUGCGGCGGACUACUAUCCAGAUCCUGGCUUUGUGCGUCGCAGGAAGUCCAAGACGACGGGAGAUCAGCUGGAACGCAGUGAGCAAAAUUUUCCCUGCACCAAUGACUGGGCAGGCAGUACCAUUGAAUUAACACCAGAGCCGGGAACAUCUUCCUCCGAUAUCCUGCGACGCAGCCUAUCGGGUGAUGGGAAGAAUGGCAAGGAGAACGUUGUGUUUCGCCGCAUACCAGAAAAGUCCUGGCGUUAUAUGCGGGAUCUGGUCACUACGCUGAUGGAGCUGAAUUGGAAAUACAUGCUGACCAUAUUCCUGGGCAGCUAUUCCUGCUGGCUGCUCUUCGCCGCCCUUUGCUAUGUGGCCUACUCGCACGGCGACUUCAUCUUUGAUCCCAUCAGUGGUGCAAGAAUGGGCGAGGAGGAUCCAUGCAUCUAUGGGGUAGGUAACUGGGUGGCCAUGAUCAUCUAUUCGGUGGAGACACAGACCACUCUGGGUUUCGGCGAGAAGUAUGCCAGCGAGGAGUGUCCGGAAACGGUGUUCCUGUUCGUUAUGCAAAUGGUAAGCGCCGCUCUGAUCGAGGGAAUUAUGGUGAGCGUGAUCUAUGCCAAGACGGCUCGUCCGGCCAAGCAGAUGACCAAGUUAAAGUUCAGUGACAAGGCGGUGAUCUGUUAUCGCGACGGCCAGCUGUGUUUGCUUUUCCGCGUGUGCGAUCCCCGCGAGCAGCAGACCAUCGAGUCCAAGAUACGCGUCUACAUGAUCAUAGACAAGCGCACGCGCGAGGGUGAGGUCAUAAAAACUCACACGGAACAGCUGGAGGGGAAUGGCGAGCAGCUGAUCGUCUGGCCCGAUGUCGUCUGCCAUGUCAUCGACGAGACGAGUCCCCUGUAUCAGUUCAGCAAUGCCAAACUCUUUAAUGCCGCCCAGUUUGAGCUGUAUGUGUCCAUUGUGGGCACAUCACCGGCCACUGCCCAAAUGACCGAGGCCAAGACAUCGUAUCUGCCCAGAGAGAUAUUCUGGGGACAGCGGUUUGUCAACAUUAUCCACUAUGAUGCCCAGAACGAGAGGUAUUUGGUGGACUAUGAGAACUUCAAUAGAACCAUUUCAGUGGAUAUGCCCAUUAGGCUGGCGGCCACAAACGAUCAGCUAAAGUUGGAGUACAGAAGUAAAGGCUACUAA